CAUCCUACUGUAUGCACUUGACACAAAAAAUGGAGUAGAUAGUAACAGUAUCUCGUGGAGGUCGAAGACUGCCAUCAGUCUCUUGUCACCAGCUUCCAUCGCCAGUAUACGUGUCCUCAAGCAUGUCGUAGACUAUUGAUAUCUCAGUAUUCGUUCCUCUCUAUUCGAACCAAGGGGGUCAAAUAAAACACGCCUGCCCUGCCCGGCAUUCUCCAUUCUCCACUCGUUCCUUGUCCCUGCCCUUGUCUUGGCCGCUGACUUCUGAGACACAAUACUCGUAGAGCACGCAGAAUGUGGCAGUAAUGUGUCGUUGGCGCAUUGUUUUUCUCCCCAGGACUAAAUUCCUAAUCCUGUAGAAACUGUGGAAAGUGUGCCGCAACCACCACCGCCAUCAAACAUGCAUCCCUACAGACCCCCAAUCUUUUGACUGACCACGGUUUCCCAACUUUGCCGUCGCCAGCUUCAACCUCUUGCAUCGAACGAAGAUGCUCCGUACUGGCAAAGCCCUCAGAUUUCGUGCAGGUAUUGGCACUUUUCGUGAUUUCGUGACGUGUUAGGUGCCUUUCUUAUCGCUAUCUCGAAAGGUCCCUCUCGCACUAUGCUCCCUCAGGGCCACCAGGGUCCCAAAAUCGUACAGCCUUUCAAUGACACGACACAAGAUGGCUUUUCAGCCCCUUUAAUGACUUUCAAUACGCCUGCUGGACCACAGGCAUUUCCAUCUCAACCCUAUAUACCUCGAUCUCUGGGACCUCCGCAGUAUGCCUUCGCUGUCCGCCUGAACCCUCACCAUGCCUUGCCGGAUACGGGCUACCAAUCGCGUCCCGGUGACGGAUCACAAUCCCGCGGUGCCUCCGAGCAUAUGUUGCGCAGGAAGACUCCGAACGGCACACUGGCAGCUGGCUACGAUGGCACUCCGGUCCACUGGUCGACUGAACCCCCGCCGACCAAACAUGUAGUACUUCCUUUAUCUAGCUUUCCGCGAGAAGCCAAUCGAAAGGGGCAAGAGCACCCAUAUGGCGCUGCACACGGCCAAAAUGGCCACGCCAGCAGCAGCUCGUACCAGCAACAACCAUACCGAUCCCAAACCUCGAGUUCGACAAGUGGAGCGUGGGAUACCUUCGGUGGUAGCGGGGUUUGGACACGCGUGCCCCCCCUCUUUCUCCGCGGGCAAACAAUGGGCAACGGCGCGAAUAUUGACUAUAACACCACAAAGCUUGCAUAUAACGGCAUGCUUGUACCAACGGUUAUUCAGCCGCCCUUCCAGUCCUGCCUUGGCCCGACGGCCUCGAAUGACCCCGGAAUAUAUGGACCAUACUACGCGGAUGGAAGAUAUCUGGCUUAUAGGCCAGCUGCUGUGCGGGAUACUGGCUAUCAUUCAUUUAACCGCUGUUCUUGUCCGAUUCAAGGAGUGCCACCUUGUAACCAUGUCUACCGGGGCAUGGAGCCAUAUCCCAUUUCGCUCGGGCAUAACCAGCUGCCAAUUGGUCAUCACCUGCAUGUUGAUCCCUCGAAAGAUCACACUGGCAUAAUGGACGAAUUUGCUCCACACGGUAAGACCGUCGACCACAUGAUUACUGGACAUACAGCAGCUAGCACAAAUCUAAAUCAGUCCCAUAGUGGCCCGAGCUACUACCAGGUGCCUUUCGGAGCAGGAAAUCAUCAUGUCCAGUUUAAAGAAAGGGUGCUCGGAUGGGCACACCACAUAUACGUGGACCUUCUGGCUUCUAUACAUCAGUCUAGGAAGGAAGCGCAUCAAGAACGCAAAAAGCAAGGCCUUCAGCGUUCAUACUCUCAAACACACAUAUAUCCAAGGCCGCCCCGUCAAACAGCCUUUAUGCUUAGGCGACCAUCAGAUCCUGCCCACCACAGCUAUGCUACAUCUCCACCUUAUUCGAACGACUUUGGGCAGAGUCACGAUCCCAAACAUGAACCUGGCCCCUAUCGCCGACGGUCGAACUCUCUCAUUAGCAUAAUGGAGGAUAAAAGGUCGUUUGCUAACCGAGCACCUCUGUUAAGACAAAACAUUGGUAGCGGGAGCUCUUUCAACUCCAAUACUCGUGGCGGAGAUCACGGUAACAACCCACCACCUUUGUACCCCCAAAGUUUCCCCCAAGGGCUUCCCCAACGUGGCUCAAUCAAGGAGACAGCAAAAUCUGCCCUCGAAAUACUUGGCAACCUCUGCCAAGAAAGCGGGUGGCGCUGGAUCGACGGAAUGCUAUUGGGGGGAUGCUUAGCAUAUGGCUUGGAAGAUUAUGAGAAAGCACUCGAUUGGUAUAGCAAGAUUGUUGCUCUUGAUUCAAGCCAUGUGGAGGCUAUUUCGAAUCUAGCUGCCACUCUUCUAUCUCUGAAUAGGAGAGAAGAAGCGGAGCAGCAUUGGCUACAAUCGGUAAAAUUACGGCCAAGUUACUUCGAGGCUGUCGAGCAUCUCAUCGGGCUUUUAUGUGGAGACCACAGAGCAGACGAGGCCAUCUCUAUAAUUGACUUUGUAGAGCGAUCACUUCGCCUUUCAACUUUCGAUGAGCAAGACCGAGAAAGCGAUACAUCGAGUGAUGGAGGACUCUCAACAGGUAGCUCUGCCUAUACUUCUGAGCAUGCCUUUGAUUUCGAUCCUAGGCCAAGCAACCAUACAUUUUCAAGACCACUUGGUGACGAUAGUUUCAAGCAGCCCGGAUUUGGAUCUAGUGGAUAUGCAAUCGCUGGUUCUGAUAAUGGACGAAUGCUAGCGCUGAUCCAUGCCAAGGGUAAUAUGCUCUACGCUGCUGGAGAUAUUAGUGGUGCUUCUCGGGCAUUUGAAGACGCUGUUCUUGUCAGUGUUGGGAGAAGAGUUCAUGGUAUUCAUGGCCUCAUCAGGAAUAUUCUCAAUGUCGUAUCGUCCAUGGACGUGUUCAACCCCACCGCCCGCCAAAGUACCUUGUGCAUGCCUACCACAGGGGAGCUUAUGCCAGUACUGUUACCCCCUGAAAAAGCACUGCGAACAGCAGCACUGGUAUUUUCCAAGCAUUGCCAGCUACCCGGACUCCGCUACAUCUCACAAGGAGCUCCAAGGACCUCUGCUAUAUCCACGACGAGCAACUCCUUGCUAUCACUUGCAAAAAUCUUUCAAGAUGGCAUGACAAAUGCUAGCCAGUCACCAAUGGCAACGUCACGGCCUUGCGGCACUGCUGAUAUCCUUGCGCUCUACUAUUUAUCGCUCUCAUUGCAGCCUAGCCCUUCAACCUCAAACAACAUAGGAAUACUUCUAGCAGGUAUUCCUCAGCAAAUCUCUGAUCGUACUGUGCAAAUGGCAGAGGCAGAUUCAAUCCCGACAAUCCCAGGGGUUAAGCCUGGCAGCGGUGUUGCGCUUGCUCUAGCCUAUUACAACUAUGGCUUAAAUCUGGACUCUCGCCAUGCCCACCUAUAUACCAAUCUCGGCAGUCUUUUGAAAGACAUCGGUCAACUCAGUGCGGCCAUCAAGAUGUAUGAGCAAGCUGUCGAUUGCGAUGGGAAUUUUGAUAUAGCCCUGGCCAAUCUAGCCAAUGCGGUCAAGGACCAAGGCAGGAUUAGCGAUGCUAUAGAGUAUUAUAAGCGCGCUGUAGCGUCAAGCCCCAACUUUACGGAAGCCGUAUGCGGGCUUGCCAAUGCGCUGAACUCUGUCUGCGACUGGACUGGGCGCGGGGGCGUAAUUUUUGAGGGGGCAAAGUAUGACCGAUGGCAUGUUGGCGAAGAUGGGAUGCUUUGUGAUGCAAAAACCAGUUUGACCGGGACUGGGUGGAUGAAGCGCGUAGUCGCUAUCGUAAACAAGCAACUUGAAGAUGGCGCCAGCUGGGGCUCCGGUACUCUGAAUAGUCAAGUUCUCCGUUCGAUGCUGCAGGAACUCGAAAUUGCAGAUACGGGCAGUCAGUGGUCAAACGACAAGGCUUCAACUAUGCUUGCAAGACUGAGCUCUUGGGUAGGAAAGCCAUGGGAGGGGGCUCGUAUUGUACGCUUGAUUGAACGAGCUAUCAAGAGAGCUAUGCACCGAUGGUACACAGACAAAUACGUCCGCCGACUGGAUUUCCCAAAGUCAAGCUAUGCCCGACCUCAUCUUCCGAGUUCGCUAACUGUACCUGGAGCACCGACUGUAUUGCCUUUCCACACUUUUACGUGCCCAUUAUCUGCCAAAGACAUCAGGAUGAUUUCGGAGAGAAAUGCCAUGCGUAUCUCGUGUGCUGCGCUGCGUGCACCAUGGCUCCCGCAGACCGUAUAUCCACCGCCACCGCCGCCAUCACCAACGCUCAACAUUGGCUAUAUUUCCUCAGACUUCAAUAACCACCCUCUUGCACACUUGAUGCAGUCCGUAUUUGGGAUGCAUGACCCACGGAAGGCAAAGGCAAUCUGCUAUGCCACUACGUCAAGCGACAAUUCGGUCCACAGGCAGCAAAUAGAAAAGGAGGCUCCCGUGUUUCGCGAUACCAGCGGCUGGCCCUCGGACAGAUUGGUGCAACAGAUUGUGAAAGAUGAAAUUCAUAUUCUCGUGAAUUUGAACGGGUAUACACGAGGUGCGAAGAACGAGGUCUUUGCGGCGCGCCCUGCUCCUAUCCAGAUGUCCUUUAUGGGAUUUGCGGGCACGCUCGGCGCAGAGUGGUGCGAUUACCUCUUGGCCGAUGAAACGGCUAUACCACGAAGUACUCUGCGGCCUUGGAGACGCAACAUUGACCUGGACGAUCAGCUCCGUUGUGACGAGUCGGUUGACAAGGAAGGCUGGGUCUACUCGGAGAAUAUUAUCUUCUGUCGAGAUACAUUUUUCUGCUGUGACCAUCGACAAAGUAGUGAAGAUCGUCAGCUUUCUUGGGCAGGAGAGCAGGAGCGGAGGUGGAAAAUGAGAAAGGAGCUCUUCCCAGAUCUACCUGACGACGUGAUCAUUCUCGGAAAUUUCAACCAAUUAUAUAAGAUCGAACCAACAACAUUCCGCACAUGGCUGCGGAUACUCGCAAAGGUGCCCAAGGCCGUUCUCUGGUUACUUCGAUUCCCUGACCUUGGGGAGAGCAACCUCCGGCGGACAGCUCGGCUGUGGGCGGGCGAAGAGGUAGCAUCACGCAUACUGUUCACCGAUGUGGCUCCAAAGAAUCUACAUAUAUCCCGGGCACGGAUUUGUGAUUUAUUCCUCGAUACCCCGGAAUGCAAUGCUCACACAACGGCCGCGGACAUCCUGUGGUCGUCCACUCCACUCCUGACUCUGCCUAGGUACGAGUACAAGAUGUGUUCACGCAUGGCAGCCUCCAUCCUAAAGGGUGCAUUGCCCCGGUCCGACGAAGGAUUUGAGGCUGCAUCGGAACUUAUUGCUACGGAUGAGGAGCAGUACGAGGAAUUUGCGGUGAAGUUGGCUAGUGGGCUGCGUUAUGACGAGUAUGGGGUGGGCAGUGGAAGGCUCAGUGACCUCCGACGACUACUCUACGAGAACCGCUGCCACAGUGCGCUGUUUGAUACGAAGAGGUGGGUCUCGGAUCUUGAGAGGGCAUACAGUGAGGCUUGGCGUAGAUGGGUUGAGGGCACUGGGGGGGACAUUUAUUUGUGAGGCGGGAUUUAAGGGAUUUAAUGUUCAGGGGUAUUUUGGUAUUUUUGAGGGCGCAUUUAACAGCGAAAGCUGGCUGGAUAGACUUGGAAGGUGUUAAUGGGGCGUCGCAAGCGCCUGCUGCUUUUACGUGGCGUUUGAUAUUGGAUAUUGGAUCGAGGGGUCCCGCUCGCGGACCAGUCCGCCGACCCGGUUGGAGUUAUCUGAUUUUAUUAUGCGUCGUUUUAUAUCCCCCCAAGAUUAGAGCCGUGGCCUUGGGCAAUGGUUGGCACAGCUGCUGUAACCGCACUCUUGGACUCAGAUGAAAGUGAUCUACAACCAGGGUGCUGGGGCGAUCAGGGGGCGUUUUCUUGCACGGUUGGCCAUGCAUAUUGGAUAUUCCCUGGCUAUAUCUCAAAUAGUUAUUGCAUUUUCAAGGUUAUGUGACGCCAAUCCGUCGUCGGAAGCAGGGAUUAGGGUAGCUGAAGAGCAGGGUGCGGAGAGUGGUAGCGUACCAGCCCAAGGCGUUCUGGCUUACCGACUACCAACCAAAUAUAUGUGGAAGUGUGGGAAGUGUGGGGGAGGGCUUGAGAAAGCUCUCUCUUUUUGUCAUUCCCUGGCAAGGCAAUCAAUCAAGUGACUGUGUAUCUACGGUACUUUCCAUAUGGAAGAUGCAUUUGGAUGUACGAGGUGGGGGGUACAACAUAAAAUUUGAUUGUAUGUAUGUACAAUAUAUCCAGAGUGAGAACGGAUGACGGAUGACUGAUGACGAAGAUGGUACAGAGGGGCAACGACAGCGGACAGUGGAGAGUGAGCAGCGGAAAACGGAUAAAGGAGGACGCGAGUUAAGCGACACAGACACAGACACAGCGUGACAUCCACGGGUGUCUUGUCUUGGUCAUGUCUUGGUCUUGUCUUGUCUUGUCUCUCCCACGCACUCCACCGCCGUCGUGGCUCUGUGAGACUGUCUGAGCAGGGGUAAGCGAAUAAUGGAGGACCGGGACCCGGGGUGUUGAAAGGCUGGUUGCCGUUGUGAUUGUCGCUUGCCGCUGCUGGUUUGGUUUUGGUUUUUGGUUUUUAGUUCUAGGGUUACAGCAAGGCCAGGCGCAGGCAGGUGGUUCACUGUUUCUGUAACUCCCCGCUUUCCCGCUUUGUUUCCUUUCUUGCCGUCCGCCGCGCCGCCGUCAUUCAUGUCGGUCAUCUCAUCGUUGUUGAGGGAGGGGAGGGGAUGUGGGUACAUCAUACAUACGGCACCGCACGGUACUGUACUGCAAACUCCGUACAUCGCCGUACAUCGCCAUUCAUCGUUGGCUCAUGCUCAUGUUUAUGCUCAUGGCCACAAUCUCACCGGCCAUGGUGCAGUAGCAGAGUAUCAGAUUAUCAGACUCCACACAUGGAACCCGCGGAAUCACAAAUCAGUGCCGGCUUGCAUGUAUGGAGUAUGUGCAGUAGGCACAGUGCAGCGCAGGUCGGUGUGCAGUAGCCAGUUCUGAGCUGUGAGCGGCAAACAGGGCGUUUGCUAUAGACAGGGAAGCAGGAGAGGAGAGACACCAGCUAGGGAGAUACAGGGAAGAUCAUCACGCCUGGGUUCUAGUCCAGCAAACUGUACAUAUGUACUCUCUGUACCAUAUUUCCCAAAUCCGGGAUAGGAAGAGGAAGAGGGCGGCGGCGAGAAGAAGAGGAGGAGGGGAGUUGCCCCACAAGCGGAUGUGCUGGUGGUGCAUCAGCUGGCGAUAUGCAUCAUCGUAAUAAUAGCAACAUUGGUGGGAUCCCGAAUGAACAACUAGGGUUGAAUGACUAGGUUGAACGACUAGGGUUGAUCUCCAAGGGUGCGGUUCAACGUCUCUUGCUGGUGAACCGUGUGAGUUCUCGGUUCGAGCGCUUCAACAGUCAGUCAGUAGUCGUGGAG